AGCGGCGGCCCGGGUCGGCCAGGGCCUAGGGGGAGGAGGGCCAAGGGCGCGGGCGCUGUGGCCCCCGGCUGUGCUGCGCUGGAGGUGGCUGCGGUCGCGACGGCGACGGCGCAAAGGCGGCUGGCAUGGUGGGCCGGGAGAAAGAGCUCUCUAUCCACUUCGUUCCCGGCAGCUGCCGGCUGGUGGAGGAGGAAGUAAACAUCCCUACCCGACGGGUUCUAGUUACGGGUGCCACAGGGCUUCUUGGCAGAGCAGUUUACAAAGAAUUUCAACAAAGUAACUGGCACACUGUUGGCUGUGGCUUUCGAAGAGCAAGACCAAAAUUUGAACAGGUGAACCUGUUGGAUUCUGAAGCAGUUCAUCACCUCAUUCAUGAUUUUCAGCCUCACGUCAUAGUGCAUUGUGCUGCGGAGAGAAGACCAGAUGUUGUUGAGAGUCAGCCAGAUGCUGCUUCCCAGCUGAAUGUGGGUGCUUCUGGGAAUUUAGCAAAGGAGGCAGCUGCUGUUGGAGCAUUUCUCAUCUACAUUAGCUCAGAUUAUGUGUUUGAUGGCACAAAUCCCCCUUAUACAGAAGAAGAUAUGCCAAAUCCCUUGAAUCUCUAUGGCAAAACAAAAUUAGAUGGAGAAAAGGCAGUCCUGGAGAACAAUUUAGGUGCUGCUGUUUUGAGAAUUCCUGUUCUGUAUGGGGAAGUUGAAAAGCUGGAAGAAAGCGCGGUGACUGUUAUGUUCGACAAGGUGCAGUUCAGCAACAAGUCAGCCAACAUGGACCACUGGCAGCAGAGGUUCCCCACACACGUGAAGGAUGUAGCCAGUGUUUGCCGGCAGCUGGCAGAGAAGAGGAUGCUGGAUCCGUCCAUUAAGGGGACCUUUCACUGGUCUGGCAAUGAGCAGAUGACCAAGUAUGAAAUGGCGUGUGCGAUUGCAGACGCCUUCAACCUCCCGAGCAGUCACUUAAGACCUAUUACUGACAGCCCCGUCAUAGGAGCACAACGCCCCAAAAAUGCUCAGCUCGACUGCUCCAAAUUGGAGACUUUGGGCAUUGGCCAGCGGACGCCAUUUCGAAUUGGAAUCAAAGACUCACUCUGGCCUUUCCUCAUCGACAAGAGAUGGAGACAGACUGUCUUUCAUUAGUUUAUGUGCUGUGUAUUUUUUAAACAAAAAGUAUAGUAUGUGGCACUUUUCAAGAAUAAAGGAAAUAGUUUUGUAUGAGUACUCCUUAAUUGUGACUCAUGAUCCUUCAGGUAAAUGAUGCUGUUGCACUAGGGGAAUGUUGGAGAGACUGAGGGCAGCCAUGCCUUGUUUGCAGUCAUGACUUUGAGUUGAUUGUUUAGUUCUGGUUCACCUUGCUCUUCAAGUAAUAUAAAUUAUGAUUCUUAAUGUCCGAGAGCUGGGAUGAAACAAACUGUUAGACUCUGGAUGAAAUGCAUUAUCCAUUCCUGUGACUCCGUAUUUGUUUUGUUUGUGGACAUUUGUAUAUCAAUAGUUUCAGCGCGUGUAGGAUCCUAUAAAAAUCAUCGCUGCUCAUUGUUUGCUUUGCUUGAGCCCAGAUCAAAAUGCUUGAAGAAAAGGAAACUUUAUUUUUGCAACUUUAAGUAUGGUUUUUACGCUUGAUUCUUAAUGUGUUGUGUAUAUCAGAACUGUAUAGCCUGACACCUCACCUGCAAAGCACCAUGUGGCAGACACUCGAGAGACUGCGUGUGUGUGUAUUUUUUUUAAUAUAAAUACAUAUCUCUCUUUCACUCUGUCACCAAGUGAUAUUUCAUACAUGUGCUUAUAAUAAUGAGCCUUGUUUGUCUUUUGAUCACUUAUGAAUAACAAUAAAAUACUGCUGGCAUGUAA